AUGAAUAUUGUGGCGAUCGGUGCUCUUUAUGCACGAGCAGCAAUCGCCGCCGUCCCCAACCCACCAACGCCUGAGCCAAUCGAGGUUGUUGAGUUGCCAUUGCCGCCAGUAACUACGGGACUUUGUACGGCGGACAUCAAUCCGCGGGGCACAGGGUGCAUUGGUCUAGGUCUAUAUGGUGUAGGCUUUCAAGCUGGUAGUUUUCUGCCGGACGGCACCCACAUUGUGGCGUUUGUUACAUUCACCGGCGCGCCCGAGGCCCCCAAUCCUGCUAGCAUCUACGACGGCGAACAGAUCAUUCUCAUCAAGACGGACGGUACUUUGUUUCCCAAUGGGGAUUCGUGGAAAUGCGUUACAUGCGGCAUACCCACGGAAAAUACAAUUGGCCAGACUGACACGUUCGACUACCCUAACGCAUUCCAAGACGGCAAACGUCUCCUCGUGGGCACCAACAUCGUUGAUUGUAGCGGAAGUCUUCUCACAAGCACGGACUGUAGUCCAGAGCGCACUUUCAUCUACCCUAUCCGGUGGAACGUGACCCCCGAUGGAUCAGGCGCUAGUGGAGCGAUACGCGAGCUGCGUUUACAUCCCGAUGAUGUACAUCUAGGGUUCAGCUCUCUCUCAGUAUUCGAUGAUGCGGUAUUGCAGUACGGGUUUUUUUCGCGUCUGCAAUUUAAUCCAUCACCUACCACAGGCGAACCCCUCGCCCCUCGGUACGACUUAGUGAACGUGACCAUGCUCUACAGCCCUGACAACACGCCACCAUUUAUAGUGAAUGGGUCUCAGUUGUCCUUCCACCCCCUAUCGAAUACUGUUGGCGAGCUACGAGGCUUCAGCGGGCGUGGCACGGAGGUCUCUUACAUCGGCUAUUCGGUUGAGUCUUGCAACAUCGACGUGUUUGCUGCCGAUCUAACAACGGGCGCAGUUCGGCGGCUCACAGCUCAUCCCGAGUACGUUGAUCCUGUAGAUAUCUCUGCUGAUGACCAGUGGACCGCGGUCAUGGAUACACGAGGUAGCAACCGUCAAAUGUUCAUGGCAGCUAUGCGUGGCGUUCCACCUUUGAUUGAUAUGAUCGCUACAACAGUGGCCUCGACGACCCGAAACAAUCACCAACGACGUUUCUUUCAACCGUAUCUGAUUGACCGUUAUGGUGACCGGGGUAACUACUUUGGCCAGAAGAUAAACGCGGCUGGCAGCGGGGUUCCUGGCAGUGGUGCGAUAAAUGACCCCGAAUGGAACGGGAGGGCAGACCCAAAAUGGUCCCCCAAUGGUACACAGAUCGUGUACUGGCAAGACAUGACGGCUUCGCCAGCUUGUGGUGGGGUCAACCCGCUUCCAUGCUACAACUCGACAGAACCAGGGGGUCGUCACGUCCGUUUUAUGCUUGCGACAUUAACGAAUCGUGAGCCCUAUAGUCUGCCGAAGGUAGAAACAGUAUCUGAUGUUGUGCCCUGGGGCACGCCUUAUGUUCCUGGUAGCGUAGCACUCGCUCCUUUUCUUCCUACACAGGCGGUUCGGUACUCCAACUACUCUGAUGAUGGCAUUAGCUUUUUAAACGGAUACGAGAACUUCACGCGGACGAACCCAUCGCCCAGUGUCGAACUUGCUGACUGGUAUUCUGACUUGACCCAGACUGGUGAGACCCACAACACGAAAAAGACGAGUCCAGGGGGAUUUCACCUGUCCAUUGACACCUUCACCAAUAUCCUCGAGGCAAAUGGAACACUGACAACUACUAUUGAUGGAACGGAAUACCUUCAACCAACAAAUGAUAGUUGAGCA